CGUCGUUGAGUGAAGUCUCGCAUCCAUCGCCACCAACAACAACAAUAACAACUUCCAAAAUGGCGCUCAAUGCCGGAGAUGACAAGCUCGUGUUCGAGUCGUCCGAAUCAGUCACUGUCGCCCCUACUUUUGAAGCACUCAACCUCCGUGAAGACCUUCUCCGUGGCGUUUACGCAUACAACUUCGAGAAGCCCUCGGCAAUCCAGCAGCGCGCGAUCAUCCCCAUCAUCCGCGGACGCGAUGUGAUCGCUCAGGCCCAGUCUGGUACCGGUAAGACGGCGACUUUCGCGAUCUCGGCGCUCCAGUCGCUCGACUUGAACAUCCGCGAGACGCAGGUCCUCGUUCUUUCGCCCACACGUGAAUUGGCCGUGCAGAUUCAGACCGUUGUCCUCGCCCUCGGCGACUACAUGAACGUCUCAUGCCACGCCUGCAUUGGUGGAACUAGCGUCGGCGAGGACAUUCGCAAGCUCGAGGCUGGGCAGCAGGUCGUCAGCGGCACGCCGGGUCGUGUGUUCGACAUGAUCCGCCGCCGCAAUCUCCGCACCAAGGACAUCAAGAUGCUUAUCCUUGACGAGUCAGACGAGUUGCUCAACAAGGGUUUCAAGGACCAGAUUUACGACAUCUACCGCUACCUCCCGCCUGCGACGCAGGUCGUCAUUGUCUCGGCGACGCUCCCUCACGACGUGCUCGAGAUGACGACCAAGUUCAUGACCGAGCCCAUCCGCAUCCUCGUCAAGCGUGACGAGCUGACCCUCGAGGGCAUCAAGCAGUUCUUCGUCGCUGUGGAGAAGGAGGACUGGAAGUUUGACACGCUCUGCGACCUCUACGACACCCUCACCAUUACACAGGCGGUCAUCUUCUGCAACACGCGUCGCAAGGUCGACUGGCUGACCGAGAAGAUGCGCGAGGCCAACUUCACUGUGUCAUCGAUGCACGGCGAGAUGGUGCAGAAGGAACGCGAUGCCAUUAUGGCUGAAUUCCGCGGCGGCCAGUCGCGCGUGCUCAUCACCACAGACGUGUGGGCGCGUGGUAUCGACGUGCAGCAGGUUUCGCUUGUUAUCAACUACGACCUGCCGUCGAGCCGUGAGAACUACCUUCACCGUAUCGGUCGUUCUGGCCGCUUCGGGCGCAAGGGUGUCGCCAUCAACUUUGUCACUGUCGAGGACGUGCGCAUCCUGCGAGACAUCGAGCAGUACUACUCGACGCAGAUCGACGAGAUGCCCGCGCAGGUGCAGGAGUUGGUGUGAUUGUAGACUGUCUGCUGAGUGGGCUGUGGGCAGUGGGCUGACGACAACACACGCACACGCACACGCACCCCGCCCGAGGCCAGCGGGCCAGCGGGUCGGUGUCUC